CCCUCACCCCGCCUGGUGCUGCUGCACUCGGCUCUGCCUCUGCUGGCCGAGGAUGAUGUGGCAAUGCCAUGUGUCGUCCUCUGAGUGCCGCUGCUACCGGCUGAACGGCUUCUCCCUGCUGAAGCGCUUCCCUCUCUCGGCAGAUGGGGCCUGUGGUAAAGCCCUGGACCAGCCGGUGGGAGAGUGGCUGGAGCACGUGGGGCUGCCGCAGUACGAGAGCAAGUUCCUGCUCAAUGGCUUUGAUGACCUACGAUUCAUGGGAAGUAACGUGAUGGAGGACCAAGAUCUAAGAGACAUGGGGAUCACUGAUCCGGGACACAGAAAGAAAAUUCUCCACGCGGCACGCGGCUUGCCCAAGAUUAAACCUUUGGGCUGUGAUGGCAGCACGUCACUCUCCUCUUGGUUGGACGGCCUCGGCCUGCAUGAAUAUCUGCCCAACUUUCUUACUAAUGGUUACCGGACUCUGGAGUGUGUUAAGAAUCUGUGGGAGCUGGAAAUCGUCAACGUUAUUAAAAUCUGCGCUUUAGGACACAGGAAGAGGAUCAUUGCCUCUUUGGCAGAAAGACCCUAUGAAGAGGCGCCCUCCAAAUCCCGUCGACUGUCCCCAAUUUUGUUCCACGACCUCCUGUCCCAGACCACAUCACCCCUCAGUCAGCUGGACCCCUACACCAGUCGCUCCAUGGACAUGCUGCUGCCCCUGACCGAGUCGGACCGGAGGCGGAGGGGACUCGACCAGGACUGCAGCGUUUCUUUGAGAUCUUAUAGUGAGAGGCCGCGCUCCGUAGACAGGCACAGUGAACGACACAAAGAGUCCCGUUUACACCUCCGGCCGCCGAGCCACUCUGCCACGUACGCCACCGUGUCCGCCUGGCACCACCAGCCUGAAAAACUCAUCCUGGACUCCUGCAGGUACGAGGCAACAUACCUAGGGUCCAUGAUAAUCAGGGAUCUACGAGGGAUUGAAUCCACACAAGAUGCCUGCGCUAAAAUUAGGAAAUCAAAGGACUCUAAAAAGGGUCCUGUUGUCAUUUUAUCCAUUACCUAUAGAGGCGUCAAGUUUAUUGAUGCAGCCACAAAGACCAUAGUUGCAGAACAUGAAAUCAGAAACAUUUCGUGUGCCGCCCAGGACCCGGAUGACCUGUGCACGUUUGCUUACAUUACCAAGGAUUCCAAGAGUGGCCACCACUUCUGUCACGUCUUCAGCACUGUGGAAGUGAUCCAGACCUAUGAGAUAAUCUUAACGUUGGGACAGGCCUUCGAGGUGGCUUAUCAAAUGGCGGUUCAGUCCAGGGCGAGACACUACAUGCCCCCGUCGUCUCUGGGCUCAGAGUUCGUAGAAACCAAAACCAGCCGUCCUGUGUCUCAGUCAUGGAGCAGCAUGAGAAGAUCAGCGAUCGACCCCCUGGAGAUGGAUGCAGACAUGCAGUCCCUGGGCAGCACCACCUGGCUCUGUGACCAGCGGGACUCCAACAGGCGUCCCGUCAGCACCAAGUACGAGACCACCAUAUUCUGAGGCCGGAUCCCUACAGACGCACCCCCAACCCCCCCGACUCCCAACUGCACCCCCUGAAACUUUUCUUCUACCCUUUGCAUCCGGUUCUCUGUUCAACUCUUUCUCUCACUGAGACACACACGCACACACACACACACAUUUACACACGUGCGCCCCGUGCCUUCUCACUGUGAUGGUAUAGCAUCCCUCAGGGCUGCCUACUCCUGCACCUUCCUUUGCCCUGCUCAGAGACCCACACCAACCUCCUACAUGUCAUGACGAACACUCCUGGGGUCCUCCUGAGCCUCCCCAGCAUCCCUGGCAGCCUCCCUUGCCUGUUGCUGCCACAGCCAAUGGAACGGAUGAUCCUGGACUGAUCUCAUUUUACAGUGGCCCUGCUUUCUCAACCAAACUGCCUCUUCCUCCUCAUCCUCCUCUUCCU